ACUAAUCUUCGUUCACUCCUCAUCAUCAACUUUGCCUUUGUCUCAGAGACACGACAAGGAAGUGGAGUCUCCCAGCAUGACACAACACACUGCCCGUGUCCUCUCGUCCGGCUGGGAGUUUAAGUCGGACGCGGAUGAGAAAUGGCUCCCGGUCUCGGGGUCCCCCAGCAACGUCCAUACCGAUCUGAUGCGGCAUGGUCUGAUACCCGACCCGUUCCAAGACACUAACGAACUGGAAGUCCGCUGGGUUGCCGAGCGGACGUGGCGGUAUCGAACCUCGUUUGCGACGCCGAGUUGUUAUGGGCGGGCCCGGGGAGUCAGGGUCGAUCUCGUGUUCGAGGGGCUCGACACCUUCGCGACGGUGACGCUCAAUGGCCAGGUCAUUCUGCGGUCGGACAAUAUGUUCCUCGAGCACCGAGUCGACGUCGGCGACGUUCUGGUGGACGGCGCCGAAGAGGAGAGCAUCAACACCUUGGAGAUCGCGUUCGAGCCUGCGGGCCGGCGGGGCCUGGAACUCGUCCGGGCCCAUCCCGAGCACGAGUUCAUUGUUCACCAGACGGAGGUCAGCAGGGGGCCGGUCCGGAAGGCCCAAUAUCAUUGGGGCUGGGAUUGGGGCCCCAUCCUCUUGACGUGUGGCCCGUGGAAACCGGUAAGGCUGGAGACAUAUGUCGGCAGGAUCGAAGACGUCAGGGUAGACUACGAGAUUUGCAGCACGGGCCGGGCGGAGGGAGAUGGGCGCCCGAUCGUCGAGGCGACCGUGCACGCUCACGUCUUGGGCCCGGCGGCGGAGCUCGAGGCCGAGCUGCUCCUAUCCGGUGAACGAGUGGCCAGUUGGAGGGACCGCAUGGGCGACGAUGCCGCCGCUGGUGGUCCGCCGCCGUCGUCGUCGUCGUCGUCGCGGCGAUACUCGUCCCCCCGGCUCCGGAUCGAGCGGGCGGAGCUGUGGUGGCCGCGAGGAUACGGUCCGCAGUCCCUAUACGAGUUGAAGCUGCGGAUCCUGGCCGCGGACGGGUUGACGGUCUUGGCGGAGGAGCACCGGAGGAUCGGGUUUCGCAAGGUCGAGCUGAUCCGAGAAGAGGAUCGGUUCGGGCAAUCCUUCUACUUCCGCGUCAACGGCGUGGACGUGUUCUCGGGCGGCUCUUGCUGGGUCCCCGCGGACAGCUUCCUGCCCGAGAUCUCUCCGGAGCGCUACCGGGACUGGAUCCGGCUGGUCGCCGAGGGCAACCAGAACAUGGUCCGCGUCUGGGGCGGGGGCGUCUACGAGCCGGACGUCUUCUACGCGGCAUGCGACGAGCUCGGCAUCAUGGUCUGGCAGGACUUCAUGUUCGCCUGCGCGUCGUACCCGACCUACCCGGCCUUCCUCGACUCGGUCGCCCGGGAGGCGCGCCAGGCGGUCCGGCGCCUCCGGCACCACCCGUGCGUCGUGCUCUGGUGCGGCAACAACGAGGACUACCAGCUGGUCGAGCGGUACGGGCUCGAGUACCGCUUCGAGGAGGACAGGGACCCGGCGUCCUGGCUCCGGUCGACCUUCCCGGCGCGGUACAUCUACGAGCACCUGCUCCCGGGCGUGGUGCGAGACGAGAACCCCGCGGGGGCAGGGGCGACCCCUUACCACCCGGGCAGCCCCUGGGGCGACGGCAGGAGUACGACGCUCCGGGUCGACCCGACGGUCGGCGACGUGCACCAGUGGGAGCUCUGGAACGGCGAGGCGCGGCCGUGGCAGUUGCUUCCGCGGAUGGGCGGGCGGUUUGUGAGCGAGUUCGGCAUGUUGAGCCACCCGCACGCCGACACGGUCGCGCGCUUCGUCUCGGACCCGGCGGAGCGGCGCGCGGGGAGCCGGACGAUGGACUUCCACACCAAGGCGGUCGCGCACGAGCGCAGGCUGCUCGCGUACGUGGGCGAGAACUUCGGGGUCGCCCGGGCCGCCGGGGGCGGGGGCGCGGGAGCGUUCGCGCACCUGACGCAGGUGGUGCAGGCGGACGCGGUCGCGGCCGCGUACCGGUCCUGGCGGAGGCACUGGGGCCGGCCGGGGGAGCGGCGGUGCGGAGGCGUGCUGGUCUGGCAGCUCAACGACUGCUGGCCCGCCGUCUCGUGGGCCGUGGUGGACUACUACCUGGUCAGGAAGCCGGCCUUCUACGCGAUCCGGCGGGCCCUGGCGCCGCUCGCCGUGGGCGUGGCGCGCAAGUUCCACGACUGGACGACCCGGCCGGCCGACGCGCUCUGGCGGCGGAACACGGGCCACGUCGACCCGCGCGGGAUGCUGACCGACGUCGAGUUCGACGUCUGGGUCUCCAGCUCGAGGUCGGACGCCGUGCGGGCGAGGGCGGUCGUGCGCUUCGUCUCGGUCCGGUCGGGCCGCGAGGUGGGGGACCGGAUCGAGCGCGAGGUGCAAGUAGGGCCGAACGGCUGCACCGAGCUGCUGGUGGGUUACAAGUUCGACUGGCGCACGGCGGCGGUGGCCGAACCGGAGCACUUUGUCAUCCACGUGGCGCUGUGGGUGGGUGGCGUCCAGGUCAGCAGCGAUACCUCGUGGCCCGAUCCGAUCAAGUACCUCGACUUCCCGGACAGGGGCGUCUCGGUGAGGCACCUCGGCCCCGGCCUCGUCGAGGUCUCGGCCCAGCGGCCGGUAAAGGGGUUUGUCUUCUCCGAGAAGCGCGGCGUCAAGCUUAGCGACAACGGCUUCGAUCUGGUGCCCGGAGACGAACCCAAGAGGGUAGAGGUCCAAGGCUGUGAGGUCGAUGAACUCUCAUGGACUUUCGUCGGUCAAUGA